CAGGGCCCACCGGGGCUGCGAACUACCAAGGCGAAGCAUCUGUGGAACCAUCUCAAGAGGAACAGUCAUUGUGUGAAGGUUCAAAUUCAGCUGUUAGCAUGGAACUUUCAGAACCUGUUGUAGAAAACGGGGAGACAGAAAUGUCCCCAGAAGAAUCAUGGGAGCACAAAGAAGAAAUAAGUGAAGCAGAGCCAGGGGUUGGUUCCUUGGGAGAUGGAAGGCCCACAGAGGAAAGUGCCCAGGAGAUGAUGGAGGAGGAAGAGGAAAUACCAAAACCUAAAUCUGUGGUUGCACCGCCAGGUGCUCCUAAGAAAGAACAUGUAAAUGUAGUGUUUAUCGGACAUGUAGAUGCUGGCAAGUCAACCAUUGGAGGACAAAUAAUGUAUUUGACUGGAAUGGUUGACAAAAGGACGCUUGAGAAAUAUGAAAGAGAAGCUAAAGAAAAAAACAGAGAAACUUGGUACUUGUCUUGGGCCUUAGACACAAAUCAGGAAGAGCGAGACAAGGGUAAAACAGUAGAAGUGGGUCGUGCCUAUUUUGAAACAGAAAAGAAGCAUUUUACAAUUCUAGAUGCCCCUGGCCACAAGAGUUUUGUCCCAAAUAUGAUUGGUGGUGCUUCUCAAGCUGAUUUGGCUGUACUGGUAAUCUCUGCCAGGAAAGGAGAGUUUGAAACUGGAUUUGAAAAAGGAGGACAGACAAGAGAACAUGCAAUGUUGGCAAAGACAGCAGGCGUAAAACACUUAAUUGUGCUUAUUAAUAAGAUGGAUGAUCCAACAGUAAAUUGGAGCAACGAGAGAUAUGAAGAAUGUAAAGAGAAACUAGUGCCAUUUUUGAAAAAAGUUGGCUUCAAUCCCAAAAAGGACAUUCACUUCAUGCCCUGCUCAGGACUGACUGGAGCAAAUCUUAAAGAGCAAUCAGAUUUCUGUCCUUGGUACAUUGGAUUACCAUUUAUUCCAUAUCUGGAUAAUUUGCCAAACUUCAACAGAUCAGUUGAUGGACCAAUCAGGCUGCCAAUUGUGGAUAAGUACAAGGAUAUGGGCACUGUGGUCCUGGGAAAGCUGGAAUCAGGAUCUAUUUGUAAAGGCCAGCAGCUUGUGAUGAUGCCAAACAAGCACAAUGUGGAAGUUCUUGGAAUCCUUUCCGAUGAUGUAGAAACUGAUUCUGUAGCCCCAGGUGAAAACCUCAAAAUCAGACUGAAAGGAAUUGAAGAGGAGGAGAUUCUUCCAGGAUUCAUACUUUGUGAUCCUAAUAAUCUUUGUCAUUCUGGUCGCACAUUUGAUGCCCAGAUAGUGAUUAUAGAGCACAAAUCCAUCAUCUGCCCAGGUUAUAAUGCGGUGCUGCAUAUCCAUACCUGUAUUGAAGAAGUCGAAAUAACAGCCUUAAUCUGCUUGGUAGACAAAAAAUCAGGAGAAAAAAGUAAGACUCGACCCCGUUUUGUGAAACAAGAUCAAGUAUGCAUUGCUCGCUUAAGGACAGCAGGAACCAUCUGCCUUGAGACCUUUAAAGACUUCCCUCAGAUGGGUCGUUUUACCUUAAGAGAUGAGGGUAAGACCAUUGCAAUUGGAAAAGUUCUGAAACUGGUUCCAGAGAAAGACUAAACAUUUUCUUGAUGACCCUGCACAAUACUGUGAGGAAAUUUGACUGCAAAAGCCUACUUCACACCACCUUCUUUUAUUUUCUGCCCACUGACAAACCUCUCCCCAUAUUUUGCAAAGACAAAAUUCACAGUGAAAGUCCACAUUAUGUCAGCUUUCUCAUAUUGAGAGCUCUGCUAUGCCACACUGUUGAAUUUUUUUCCCAAGAUUUUUUUCUUCCCCUCUCAAACUCUGCUUCCUUGGACAGAUUUGGCAAUAGCUUUCUAAGUGAUGUGGACAUAAUUGCCUACAAUAAUGAAAACCUACCAGAAAUUUUUUUUAUUUUUCAUUUUCCUUUAGGCAUACUUAAGCCUUUUUCUCCCCAGGCAGAUGAUUCUGAGUGUGCGAGUGUGUGUGCACAUGUUACAAAGACAACUACCAUGUUAAUAAAAUAUUCAAUUUGAAACUCUUUUCGGUAUUUGAAUUGCUUUGAAAUAAUGUUUUUUAUCUGGAUGUAACAUUGUCACAUUAGCUUUUUAACUUUACCAAGUAAUUGAGUAUGUUUUAUUACUUGGACUUUUCUAAACUCUUUCCCUAUCCACUACUUUAAAUGAGGCAUUUACAAGCAAUGCUCAAGUUUGUAUUAAAAGAAAGAAUUAGUUUGACCACUUCUUUUGCUGGGUGUAAUGCAUACUAUACAGGAUCUUUAUGCAGCUGUGACACUGCUUUAUUAGGUCUAUCAGUUAUUUUCUGUCAAUUUAUAUUUUAACAUGAUUUAUUAAACACAGUAAGUGGUUUCAAAAUACAAGAACAGCAUACUGUAGUUUUUAUAAGUAUAAAGCAUAAUAAAAUUGUACCCCUACAAAAAAUUACAUAAACUUGUUAAAUUAGUGGAAUUUACAAUAAAGAAAGCAUGUUGAGAUCUGGCAAAAAUGCCUCCUUUAGUAUUUAUAAGAGCUGCAUGCAUCUAGUAUGAAAACCGUAUCAACUGCAAGUGCCGGUUCUACAAAUUACUUGGUUUACUAUUUUUAUCAUUAAUUUUAAAGGUUGGAUAAUCCUUGCUGGUUAAAGCUAAAUCUCAUCCAGCAAUUAAAUGGACACAUAUUUAGAACCAUCAGAAUCUGCACAGACUAAAGUUAACUGAUUAAGUAGAAUCAAGCACAGUAUAAGUUUUUCUCAAUUACUUAAAAUUGACUGUUUUCUUAAAUACAAAGCUGAAAUUGGCUAAAGUAUGAUUUGGAUGAACCACAAUGUAACAUUGGGGGUUUUUAGAUUGAAGGCUGACUUUCAGCUGUGACUGUAAUGACUUUGAAAUUUUUAAUAAGAAUAAAUGGGAACUGGAAGGGACAACUUCUGGGUUAUUGGAACCUCCCUUGAUUUUGAGUGUUGCCAUUUGUCAAAGACUUGGCCUCUUUUAGACUGGUUUAUCUCUCUAAGUAAGAUACUUUGUUAAUUGUGUACUUAAUGACAUGUCCCUUCCCUGUAAUCUUCCACCUCAAAAAAGAAAAGCCUAGGCAGACUAUUUCUAGUCACAAAACAUAAAAAUUAAUCUAAUCCUGUUUUGUUACUAUAGACUUCCUGUUCAUUUCAUGAAUGAGGCUACAUCUUAUGGACAGAGCAUAGCUACUGUCCUGCAGUUUCCCGUAACUAUACUCAUGGCUAUUAGAGUGCAUGAAAGCUAAAUAAAUUUUAUUAAGUCUGCAAGUCUCUGGGCUUUUAUUUUUCUGGGAUAUGUAGGAGCUUUAAACAUUACAUAAUAACACUUUGUACUUCCAAGUUAAUAAGAAGACUAGCAAUUGCUAGGAUUUUAAUUAAUCUUUAAAAGCUCAAGAGUCAUUUAAAUUAUUUCCAGAUAUAGAUUUCCAUUUUUAAAAAUCAGUUAUGUCUGCCAUUAAAACAUUUACACUUUUAGAAUAUUAUGUGCAUGUUGCCAAGACUCAAGUAAAACAACAUGGAUAUCCACUGUGAAGGGCCUACCUCUAAAAAAUAAAAGAGAAUAAACAUAAGUGUAAUUAUGAAAUAAAAAUUUCAAUGGAUUCUUGCACAUUUAUGCAAAUAAUUAGAUUAUUUAGAAGAAACCUCACUGUAAGUUAACCAAUACCAUACAUUUUGUGAGCUCUGAAGUUCUCUGGGAAGAAUGCUCACUUAAAGCUGACGCAUUUUAAACUCCUCGUUCACUGCCUAGUUACUUGGAUGGGGAAAUGAAAUGUCUGAAGUUAACUGGUAGUGUAUGGAGACGUGGGACCUUUAAAAAGCAAUACAGAUUCCUAUGCUGUCAUUUUGUCUUCUGAGAGUGCAAGUGUGUUUAUAUUGUUGAUUGUAAUGCAAAAAUAGGGUAAUUGGCUGCAGAUUAGGAUAUUAUAGACCUAAAGUUUUUUUCUCUUAUCUUUAGCAUAGAUAUGUUGGAAUCACAGUUUUCUUUGUUUCUUUUUACAUUAAUGUUCUUUAUACAGCUUUCAUGUUAGAUUAUUUAAUUAUAGUUUUUUUAAAUUAAUGAAGUGAAUUUAAGAAAGAUCGAAAUAAACAUCUAAGUAAUUGCCAUUUAAACCCUUAUUUCUAACUGUGUGGGAGAGGAGAAAAUAUAGCAUCUAUUUCUUGUUUUUAAUUUGCAAAUAAGACUUACCCAAUGAGAAUCUGUAAAAUCAAAUCAGAAGAGUUGGACUUGAGUAUAGAAUGCCAUGAAAUUAAGUGACAAAUAGUAAAGUGUUCUUGAAUAAUUAAACCCAUGUAUAUUUGUUUUGAAUUGAAAAUCUUGAAAUAUGUGAUAACUGAAUGUAAAAACUUUGUAAACGAAUACAAGUUGUUCACUGUAACAAGAGCUAAUUCAUACUUGUCUGCUAGUUACAUAAACUGCAAGAACUGCUUUUACAAUAUGGGAUGGACUUUGAAAUGUGAUGCAAGUGAACAUUACUGGCAUCCUCAGCUCAAGUGCUGCAGAUAUUCUGGGUCAUACUUUCAACCAGCAGCAGUUUUGCAACCUAAGCAAAAAGUGAACUUAAAGUCAAAACCUGCUUCCAUGAAGAACUUUUGAAAAACAUCAGCCAAACUGCCUGGCAAUCUUCAGAAACAUUAGUUAUGACUGAAAUUACCCCAUGGUCUUGGAUGGCUAUUCCACAUGACAGCACUCUAGCACCUUUCCUCACUGCUAUGGACUCCCUCCUGGGCCGCUGCUUCAUGGAUGACAGCUUCAUUGCUUUGGGUAGGGAUUUAAGGUAGACGAGGGACAGUUUUUAUUACAGCUCUUAACAUCAGGCAACUUUCAACUUCUAAAAAACCCUUUGUGAAAAUUUGGUAGCAGCACUAUAGCUCUGUUUAUAGGACGAUUUUAAAUGUUCAGUGUUGACCUAUCUUACAGAAUAAACUGUGCCAUUAAUCCUCUCACAGACCUAUGUAAGGUAGAUAGCAAUCAACAGAAUUUAGGGGACCAUUUUCUGUCUCCAAACAAUAUGGCUUAUAUUUCCUCCAGCUAAUUUUUCAGUGAUUCUAGCAGAUGCCAUCUAAUACAUUUAUGAUCUUGUUUGUUUAUCUAGAGAUCUUGCCAUGGCAGCAACUUGUUAAAUAAAUAAAUGUAAUUACACAUGCACAAUUUAAAGACAGUAGAUUUAAAUUUAACAGUCAGUUGGUUAAAUUAGAUUUCAUAGUAAAUGGAAUAGGAAGUGUUUCUAUUUUCCUGUAGUCUUGGAUUCCAUUUGAACCAGUUUACUGCUGAAUUUUAGAUAGGGUAGGUCUGGUUCAACUUGUGAUGGUUUUGGCUCUAGGAUAUUCUUGAGUUUCCAUAUCCUAGGACAUAUUGAGUCUUCCCUUUAGUAAAUACUUUUCACAUACCUCUAAUCCUAUGCUUCCUUGAAACAAUAAUGUGCUAGCUGAGUUGCUCACUAAGGAAAUGUUAUAAGGGCCUGAAGGUGUGGGAGUGUUGGAGUGUUCUCUACAAUAAAGGAGAAACAGAUAGGCACCAUGUCUGAUUAGGCAGAAAAUUAGACAGGAUUUCUUAAGCGACUUUUGGAAUGGUAGUUGUCUUUUCUGCCAUGUCACACAUGCCACUGCCCUUUAGAACUUAACGUGGAAACCUCAGGUCUGUGGACAGCAAAGGUAGAGUGACAUUUUGUGCUUCCUGAGGCUCCCCUCUGCCAACAUUAGCUCAGUGCUUCAGAUGUCAGCCCAAGUCCCUACUACCUCUUUCUGCUGCCCGGGAAGAGAGUUUGUGCUGGAGCUGGAGCUCCUGCACUCCUCAGGUGAUCAUCCACAUGCAUUAGCUGAAACUGAGGUCUGAGCCCAGUAGGUCUGCAUUUUAAGCACUCAGAUGGGGCUCUCAGAAACUGACCCAUCUCUUUGUUAAACUACUUUCUUCUCUUUGUUCUAAAGGAAACAUGGAUCUCUCUCAGGCCAGGAUUUAGUGACUAGUUUUCACUAGACAGCAGGUUAAUACCUAGCUCUCAUUUUUUUAAAAGCAGAAUUAAAGGGAACUGAUUAGGUUUGCUGGAUUUUAAACCUAAUUCCAAAGCAUGGCAGAAUGCUCUAGGUAGGAAUUAUGGGAACCCAAGGUAAAGAAACCUCUCUUAUGAUUUGUAGCUACCUACUGUGCCUGACUUGGUGCCUGUGUGAGGAUUAAUUAAGCCCCUAGUCUGCUCUUGGAAUUAUUCAAAUGACUGAAGUUUAAAAAAUUUGCUUUUGUAAUAACAAUAAAAAUUGUCAUCUUCCCUUUUGAA